UCAAAGGUCAAUGUGCAACAUUCGAAAAGGCAAAUGGCUACUCUGGCUCCAAAGAUGAGAGACGCCGCUACGGUGCUGCUGUGGCCUAACCCAGUGCCUCUAGAGUGUGGGGUUAUCAGGAACCAGUCUGGAGCGAGUGAGAAGGGAACAGGGACCAGCAAGUUCACACUGUUUAACUUGAAGAAAAUCUAUACCUACCUCAAGAGCAAAGGCAAAGGAGCGUUCCCUAAUCUGAGGUACUCUGUGUGGCUGCACAUUGUCAAGAACAAGUUUGGUUUCACUGACGAUCUCGCUUGGCUGUAUUUUGAGCUGUUUGAUGUGGUGAGUGAACUGCCUUCAGAGGAGAGGGUCAAAGUCCUCCAAGCAGCCAAUGAAUGCACCUCUGAUGAGGAAACAGAUACACUCAGGAAGAAGUUGAGUGUGGACACAAGUCGUUUCCUUCUCUUCCUCUAUGUUCAGAGCACUCCCAGACUCUCGUUGAAAGGCCCCUCCUCCACCGGCGAUGAUUGGCCAUCCCCUGAAGCAGAGAGGAGGCAUCAAAGAUUCCCAGAGGCUGCUAGUCUGGUGUUUAUUAAGCAGUACAUCUCAGAGAUACUGCAACUGCUGGCAGAUACUGAUGAGGCUACCCGAGAGAGCUAUUUGAGUGUGGAGAGUUUAUCUGCUCUAGAGUUCCUUCUGUGUGGCUGUCAACAGGGCGCUGGGAGGGAGAGUCUGACAGCACUGGCCUGCAAGUAUAGUCAGGACUCAGGAUACAACAAGACUGAUGAUAGAUUUCCAGUACCCUCUCUGGAGCAAUGGCUGAGAGCACACCUUACCCUCAACCCAUACGGCCCUCAGACUGUCUACUCUCAGAGGAAGGAGACACGAGUGACUUGCUUCAGUAGCGAUGGGCCUGGACGACUACUGGCGAACACACACACUGCACCACAAAAAUGUGGGACGGCAGUACUAGGUCGUCUGGUGAACCAAACCCUCGCUGUGGAUGAGAGUGGUAUCAGUGGCUGUGACGUUCACAUCAGGAACUGUAGGAGGUCCACCAUCUACCUCCUGUCACCAAUGAGGACGGUAACCUUGGAGAAGUGUUCUCAUUGUCUGCUGGUGCUGGGGGCGGUGAAGAGUGUGGUUACCGUUAGCAACUGCGACACCAUCACAGUGGUGGCAGCUUGCAGGAAAGUACACAUCAGCUCAAGUUCAUUGUCCACCUUCCACCUGCUCACGAUGACGCGACCUCUUGUGUUCCCCUCAUGCUUCCAUUUAUGUCUGGCCCCCUACAAUACCUCCUACCCUCGUCUAGGGGACCACCUACGUGGGUGUGGUCUAAGCCCCUCCCUACACAACCACUGGGACAAUCCACUACUCAUUGGAACUGAUGAGGAUGUGUCAGUGGUGUGGGAGAGGAUGCCUCCAGAGAGCUUCAGACCUCUGGCCAUCCCUUUUAGUAUGGAGGGCCCCACUCAAGAGAACCCUUGUCCCCUACCACCAUCCUUCCAGACCGUGCUAGCCCUCAGACGAGAGACUAUCAAGAGGUGGUACGAUACAGUCGGCAGUACCCAACUAACAGAGGAUCAGAGACUCCAGACAGCGGUCAGAGGCAACUUCCAGGACUGGCUCUCAAGGAAUGGUUACGACAAAGACAUAGCUGCCCUCUCCAUCAGGGACACCCCCAGCCCCUCCAAACAGUUAGAACUCACAAAUUGAACAGUUUGCCAUACCUGUCUCUAUUUAGGGUCUGUUUAUAUUCAUGUUGUGAUGACACACAUUUACACCUUGUUUUUUUUCCACUUUAUCUCGAAAAGUC